UCGCACACUCAUUGUCAAUAGACGCAUCCCUAGAAAACUUAUCAGCUGAUUGUAAACUAGUGAUGGCACUAUGUACGGUGCAACAGCUGACAAGUCAAAACAAAACAAAAGGGAGAUGUAAAGCAAAGUAAUUAGUGCAAAAGUAUUCAAAGAGAAACCUUACUAGCUAAAACUUCGCUGCGCACAUUGAGAAAACGGCAUAACAAAAUGGGGGUAUGCUUUAGCUGCUGCGGUCAAAGUGCCGAGGAAACAAAUUUGAUGCCAUCCCCAGAGGAGCGUCGCAACCAGCAAUUAGAGGCGGCUGAGAGACGACGCCAAGAAAACGAAUCUAGGGGGGUUAAGAAUUUGGACAAAGUACGCCGCCAGCAACAGCGCGCUUUAGAUUUGGAGCGCAGAGAGGAAGAAGCCGCUCGCCAGGGCGACAACGGACCCAAUUUACGGUGGCAAACCAGUUAAAGGCUGGCUUAUAAAGGGAUUCAACCGCAGCUGUCUUAUUGGAUGUUUGUCAUCCCAUUGUUGUGUA